AUGGUACCAACAACAGAAUCACAUGAAAAUAAUAUGCCAGAUAAUGCAGCAAUUACACAACAACAACAAGAUGCAACCACAUCAAGUUCAUCAUCAGUAGCAACUCAACCACCACAAUCACAAAUUCCACCACAACCACAAUACCAAUACCAAAUGGCACCACCACCACAAACUCAUCAUGUACAUCCACACCAUGUACAUCCACAUCAUCAACAACAUCCAGGAUAUGUACCAUCACACCACCACCAUCAUCAACAACAUCACCAUCACCAUCCACAUCAUGUUGGUGUACCAAAUUUACAUCAUUCAAUUCAUCAACAACAACAUCCAGGAUAUGUACCAUCACACCAUCACCACCAACAACAACACCACCACCAUCAACACCAACACCAACAUCAUCAACACCAACAUCACCAACACCAACAUCAUCAACAUCAUCAACAUCAUCAACAUCAUCAUACAUCACCAAUGGGAGCAGGAGCAGGAGCAGCAGGAAUGCCAAUUUUAUCAAUGUCACCAAUUGGAGCCUAUCAACCACCACACCAAUUAACCUCAUUAUAUGUUGGUGAUUUAGCAGCCGAUGUCAAUGAAAUCAUAUUGAAUGAAUUAUUUUCAAAGGUUGGUCGUAAUGCAAUCGCAUCAAUUCAUGUUUGUCGUGACUCAAAUACAUUAAGAAGUUUAGGAUAUGCUUACGUAAACUUUUUUAAUAACCAUGAUGCAGAGAGAGCAUUGGAUACAUUAAACUACACUUUGGUUCAUGGUAAACCUUGUCGUAUCAUGUGGAGUUAUCGUGAUCCAACCAAAAGAAAGACAAAUGUUGGUAAUAUUUUCGUUAAAAAUUUAGAAAAAGGUGUUGAUAAUGCUAUGCUCUACGAUACAUUCUCUUCAUUUGGUAAUAUCCUCUCUUGCAAAGUCGAAUUUGAAAAAGGUAUUUCAAAAGGUUAUGGUUACGUUCAUUUCGAAACAAAUGAUUCUGCUGAAAAAGCAAUUGAAAAAGUUAAUGGUACUUUAAUACUUGGUAAACCAAUUAAUGUUGAAAGAUUUGUAUCAAAAGUUGAAAGAUAUAAAGUUGAAAAUAAAGUUUUCUUUAGAAAUGCUGAUGAAUCAAUUACAAUUGAAAUUUUACAACAAGAAUUAAGUAAUAGAUUUGGUGAAAUUGAAUCAUGUAUAUUAAAGAAUGACGCCAAUGGUAAAUCAAAGGGAUUAGGACUUGUAGAAUUUAAGAAUCAAGAGGAUGCACAAAAGAUAUUAACAGAAUCUGGUGCAUUGAUUAUAAGUACAAUUGAUGGUACAACAACAGUUUCAAGUAAUGGUGGUACAAUUGAAAUCAAUGGUAAACCAAUUACAAUCGAUCGUAUUAAGAGUAAAGUCGAACGUUUCACUGAAUAUCGUAAAAAGACCACUGAUCUUAGUUUGUUUAUAAAUAAUAUCGAUGAAUCAAUCGAUAGAGAUUUAAUUAAAGAGGAAUUCGCUAAACAUGGUACAAUCAUUGGUAUUAAGAUUGUUCAAGAUGAAAAUGCUAGAAAUAAAGGUUUCGGUUUCAUCUCAUUUUCAGAGAUUCAAGAAGCUCAAAAAGCACUCGAUUCAUUAAAUGGUUUCACUUUUGGUUCAAAACAAAUUCAAGUUAGUUUCUCAAAUAAAGAUAAUAAUCAAAUAAAUAAUAAAUUAAAUGGUAAUUCUACCAAAAUCACUAAAAAUAUAAUACAAGGUGGUGCAAGUGCUUCUCAAUAUACAGGUUAUUUACCAAUUAAUAGAUAUCAACAACAUUUACCACAUCAACAUAUUAAUCCAAUGUACACUCAACAACCAUAUUUUCCACAACAACAACAAUCAUCAUCAUCAUCACAACCAUCAUCAUCACAACCACAACCAUCAUCACCAUCCCAUUUAAAUGGUAAUACUACUACCACUUCACCAAAUACACGUUAUUCUAAAACUUUAAAUGGAACCACUCCUUUCAAAAAAUCAAACUUACCACAAAACGCAAAUGGUACUAAUAAUAAUAAUAAUAAUAAUAAUACAAAUAUAAAUAAAUCCAAUAAUACAACGCAAUCAAAUGGAUUUAGAAAUAAGAGAGUUCCAAAUGGUAAACCAAGAUAUAAUAAUAAUAACAAUAGUAGUAAUAAUAAUAAUAAUAAUAAUACAACCACCAAUGUAACUACAACUCCCUCAUCAACUGAAACCACUACUCCAAAAACUACUAUCACCCUUGAAUUUAUUACAAAUGCAACAGCCGAAGAAGCAACAGAAACACUCGGAUCUGAAGUUUAUAAUUUAGUUUUAGCCAAAUAUAACAAUAAUAUCGAAUUGGCCGCAAAGAUUGCUGGUAUGAUUGUUGAUGCAGUUCCAGAACACAAAGAGUUAUUUGAAAUUAUUUCAAAUGGACAAAUUCAAUCUAAAAUCGAAGAAGCUAAAUCACUCUUGGAUCAACCAGAUCAAGAAUAA